AUGGCGGAGGGAGAGACAGAGAAGGAAUAUGCCACAAGAAAAGCUAUCGAGCGGCUCCGAGAACGGUUCCAGGAAUUGACUACAACACUUAAAGAAAGCCCAGAAUCACCGUCGGACGCCUCUUUGCGUUUCUGCCAGGAAUUCUGCCAGAUCCUUGUGGAACAUGCAGGUCGAUGGAAGGCUGAGGAGGAGCCACUGCCUUUACUGGAGGUGUACACAGUGGCCAUACUCAGUUAUGCAAAGGCCAUCACCUGUCUCUCCUCCGAAUGUGAAAAUGUGCCACUCGUACUUGAAAACCUAGGACUGAGCUGUGUGGAGCUCCUGCUCUCAUUGCCUGAGAGUGUCCCUGGUGCCUUAUGGGAGGAGUUCCAAUCCUGUGUCAAGUCGGCACACAGCCUUCUGCAAGGACAUGGGAACACACAGCUUCACAUGCUAUCAGCUAUGGCACAGGAGCCUGGCGUGUGGACCAACACCACUCUGUGCAGCAUUCUGUCUAAUGAGAUACCUGAAAUUGACAGAGUUCAUGAGUUCCUGCAAAUGGAAGGUCCCACACUCCUUAAUAUGCGAAUAAAGCACCUUAUCAAACAGAAUCGAGCAGAGAAAGCAGCUGUCUUAGCGAAGAUGUGCUCAGAGUAUCCAGAGUACGAAGGAAAGGGGAACUUCAAGCAGACGUACCUUGUUUGCCUGUGUAUGACAAAAACACAAGAACAGCUCAUGCAAGAGAUCGUGCAGGUAGACUGUAAGGAUGGAUUGGAGAUGAUUUGUAACCUGGAGUCGGAUGGGGAUGAAAAAGGAGCCCUUUGUUUGUGCUCUGCAUUCCUCGAGCGGCAGCUUCUCCAGGGAGAUGUGUAUUGUGCCUGGGAGCUCACACUAUUCUGGAGCAAGCUUUUAAUGCGGUCAGAGUCUUCAGCUGAUGCAUUUCUUGGUCAAUGCAGAAAGUUGGUCCUGCUUUCCAGGAGCGUCUGUCAUAUCCUCUUCCUCAUCAAGGUUAUCCAAUCGGAGGUUGGAGAAGUGGGACUGCCGGUGUGCAUUGAAAUGUGCAUUCAAGCUCUACAAAUGGCAUCCAGUGACAACACGGACAGCAGGACCACCAUCUGCAAAACUAUUUCCUGCCUUUUGCCCACUGAUUUUGAGGUGAAACGGGCAUGCCAACUAACAGAGUUCCUCUUUCAGCCAACUGUGGACUCAUAUUAUGCUGUUGAAGCACUCUAUAAUGAACCUGAUGAAAAGCGUGAGGACGAGAAUCUUCCAGUACCCAACUCACUACGCUGUGAGUUACUGUUGGCCUUGAAGACACAGUGGCCUUUUGAUCCAGAGUUCUGGGACUGGAGAACCUUGAAGCGCAAUUGUUUGGCAUUGAUGGGUGAGGAGGGAUCCAUUGUGUCAUCUAUCGACACUCUCAAUGACGCAGAUGAGGGACUUGAGGAUGAUGCAGCAGAAAAAGGUCCAGAAUUCAAAGACCUUGAGGACUUUAUUUUGAAUACUACAAAUGAAUUGAAUGAAAUUGCAGAUGAAAAAGAGAAAAAUAGGGAAGCUAAGAAAUUAAGGGAGAAAGGGUUUGUAUCUGCAAGAUUUAGGAAUUGGCGAGCCUAUAUGCAGUAUUGUGUUCUAUGUGAUAAAGAGUUCCUUGGCCACAGGAUAGUCCGCCAUGCACAGAAGCAUUUUAAAGAUGGGGUCUACACCUGUCCAAUUUGUGCUGACAGCUUUGACACUAAGGAGAUUCUUGAGCCACAUGUAGCAUCCCACGUGAAGCAGUCUUGCAAAGAGCGACUUGCUGCUAUGAAAGCAACAAGGAAAUUGCCCAAGCCAACGCAAUCUACCAGUAGUCAUUGUAAUAAUUUUAAAGACGGAGCUGUGGUGAAGCUUGAGGCAGAGACCAUUGUCAGUCCAAAUGAUGCUUAUUCUUUGGAUGGAAAUUGCAACAGUGCUGAAACAGUCAAAGUCAGUCCUCCAAAGCCUGUACAAACUAAGGUCAGUCCUCAAAAGCCUGUACCAGCUAGACAUGAAGCAGAAUUUACUGAGGAUUGUGUCUGCCCUGUUACAUACUGUCAGAAGGUAUUCAAGUUUUUUCGGAGUCUUGUAACGCAUGUAAAAGCCCACAAAAAUGACGAGGAAGCAACACGUUUUCUGGAGAUACAACGACAGAAGGUUGUGUGUCAGUAUUGCCGUCGGCAGUUUGUGAAUGCCAGACAUCUCAAUGAUCAUUUGCAAAUGCACUGUGGCGCUAAGCCAUACUAUUGCAUACAGCUGAAUUGCACAGCCAGCUUUCACUGCAAUUCGGAACUUCUCAUGCACAAAAAACAACACACUGACUUUAAGUCACAGUGUAUGUUUCCUAAUUGUGGAAGGAUUUUCAACGAGGCCUACCUGUUGUAUGAUCAUGAGGCACAACAUUACCUUACAUUCACUUGCAAAAUAGCUAAUUGUGGGAAUAUUUUCUAUUCACAGUCCCAGCUAAAUUUGCAUCAGCAGAACCAUGACACUAAUGAAAUGCCCGUCGCAAGUGAGAACAAUCCUAUACCUGAAAUAGAACCUUCCACCCAGUGCUCCGCUAAGCAAGAGGAAACCUGCUCUGCCUCUGUCAAUCUAGAUCAGGAGACGGCACAGGAUUAUGUGACGGAAGAAGUGGUUAAAUCAGGUUCGUCAACAGUUCCUGAGAACCCAAAAGGCCCAAUGAAAAUAAAACAUUCAGUCGAGAGCAUGUUGAGCAGUUCUGUUGUCAAUCCCAGAAAGGAGUUUCGGAAGUGUUAUGUUCCACUGAUCAAAACUAAGCUGGGAUUGGAGAAUGCAAAACUAUCUCCUGUCGUCACACGCCAAGAAAUGAUAGCAAAUCAUGUGGAUCCCCAAUAUCACUGUGGAACAAAUCCUUUGAAAGGGUGCCCAAAAGAGGAGCAGAAUAACAGACCAACUGAAGCUGUUCAGAAAGUGUUACCACAGGCCUUUCCUCCACCAGAAAUUAAGAGUGAACCCCCAUUUAUUCUACAUCCAUAUCAAAACACUCCUGCAAUAACUGGUAGAGAUGAGGAUGAGUAUAGUUGUCCACUUGAAGCAUGUGACCGCAAAUACAGUACCUCCAAAAGUCUCUCCCGACAUGUAAAGAAAAACCAUCAAGACAUUUUUGAAGACUGGAAACUGGCUAAGAAGUACAAGAAAGUUGUCAAAAUAACUUCGAGAAAGGUUCCAUCAGUGAACAAGACUUCACAGGACCCAGAGGACAAAACAUUACUUCAUCAAGCACCACUAUGCAGAAAUAGUGGAUUACAGCAGUUUGAAUAUCCAGUGGCAUGUUCAAAUUUACCUGCAAUUUGCCCCGUUUGGGAAACCCCCCCAAACCAGACUGGUCUAAUGCAGUCCGAGAUGGGUGACUCAUGGACAUCUACAUUGAACGAUUGCUAUGCAGAGGUCUUCCAUCUGAAUGAAUACCCCAAUAAGAGCAUAACUCCUUGGCAAUCAGAACCGUAUCAACUGUUAGAAAGGGGCAGAGAACAUACACCAGCAAAUAUGCAUGAUAGUGCCAUCCAACCCAUUAAAUCAGAGUCAAGUCUGAUGAAUCAGAUGUCGGAAUAUGUGUCAAGCUCUCUUAUGCUGGAUAAUGGAGGACAACACUAUGGGAUAACUAAUUCUGGGGAUAAUGUUGAUGUUUCCCUAAUGGGAAAAAACUAUUCCAGUAUGUCUGCCCCAGAAAGUAACAAUUUGUCAGCUGGGGGUUCCCAUGCUUCAUAUGUUCCAAAUGAAUAUGUCCUUAAUUCAAGGGCAUCAAUAGACAUUCCAAGCAAUGCAGUGAGCCAUGAUGGCCAAGUAGCACCAAGAAACACAGUGGAGAUGACCAACAUGGAGGACGUAACUCAUCUUACAUCACCCAAUUAUGAGAAUCAGAUGAGCAGCUCUGUAGAUGAAAUGCUUCUUAGUCCGCAUGCUUCUAUCCAAAAAGGUUUCUCGUACAAUGAGGACACUCAUGCAGAAUCUGAAGCUCUCCCUGCAGACGAGAAAAUUGCUGAUCAUGAUACACAGAAAGUAAAACGCUGCAGACUCAGCAAGAGAACGAAAUGGCCUGCUAUCAUAAAGGAUGGCAAAGUCAUCUGCCGAAGAUGCUUUAGAGAAUUCUCAAGCACAAAGUCUCUCGGAGGUCAUCUUUCAAAACGCUCCCAGUGCAAGCCAUUAGUUGAAAUGGACUUAACGGCUGAUUUGCCUACGUCAUUUCUCGACUUUCUCAAUGACCCAAAUGUUCCUGAAACUGGAUCAAUAUACAACAUACUAAAUGGUGAAUUCCAACAGGAAGUUGUUGGUAAUCUCUCCACACCAAAUCCUUCCAGUUUGUCACAAAAGGAAACCCAAAAACCACUGGAUUCUCAAUCAUCAAACACCUUUCCUUCAGUUUCGGCCGGUAGACAAUCCAAACUAGGCCCAAAUAAAACAGUGUGGAUAGAAUUGAAAGAGUCAAAGAAUUAUGCUGGCAGUCAGCCGGAUGGGGAGUCAAAAGGCAGUCUUGCUGAAAAAAUGUCAAGUGCAACUUCCUUUGCGGCAUGUCAAGAUGACAAGGUUAUAGAAAUUCAAAAUGCCCUACAAAUGUUGGAUUUAGUUGAAGCUGCACAUGAGAAAAGUUUGCAGGAAAAUUGUUCCUCAAAGUACAGUGGCAGCCAAAGCAAUGCAAUCUCAAGCUAUAAUGUCAUGCAAAAAGAUAAUGUUCAAAGCACGACAACAAAAACGAUUGUCAAGAAGGAAGACCAGAUUCGUGACAAUGGCCCCAAGCCGUUCAAGUGUGAAAUGGAUUAUUGUGAAUAUGGGUUCAUGACAAAAGAGGCAUUAUUCAGACACCUUGGUAGAGUUCAUGAUUACACCAUUGAGAUGAUUGAGGAACUCAAGAAAACCCCAGUCAAAUUCUCUCCAUAUCCUUGUUACAUUUGCCCGAAAACAUUUACCAGAACCACAGGCCUAAGAAUUCAUUAUGAAAAAGUCCACCACCUGACGCAGGCAGAGAUGAACAAGUUAAAGGUCGGAAAUCGCAAAAAAAGGUCAAGCAACCCCAAUAUUGAAACCGAGGUAGAGAGUAGUCAUGGAACUGAAUCUUCAGUUGUGUCAACUUUCAUCAAACAAGAGCCACUUGAUAUUGACACUGGCUGUCCAAUUCAAAGCACAAAUCAAGACGGUCAUGCACAAUCCUCUGAGAUCAUUACAGCUGGAGAUGCAGUUCAAGAGGAUUCCAUGCAUCAAUUAACAGUUGAGAGAGUGCAAUCACCACAAGAUACCUUGGAUGACUUGGACAAGUCAUUUUAUGAAUUAGAAUCACCAUCAAAGACCAGAUAUACCAAGAAUGAGACAUUAAUGACAGCCCCACAAAUUAACCACACUCCAGUGUUGAAGCAAAAAUUAGGUCAAGGUGACACUGCGGAAAGGCCAGAAGCACGUUCCGACGCCAGAUCUUUUAGCCAUGCAACAGAGGUGGCAUCCAGUCAGGCUGUGAAACCCACACCAGAAAAAGCAAGUUGUUCAAAAAACACAAUAUCCAAAGACGAGGUUCAUUUCCAAAGGAAAGAAAAAGUUCAGAAAAGGUUGGGGCUUCAACUUUGUGACGCUGACAAUUCUUUCAGCCCAUAUAGGCCCUACCGUUGUGUUCAUGAAGGAUGCGCUGCAGCCUUUACCAUCCAGCAAAAUCUGAUCCUUCACUCUAGGGCUAUGCAUCAGUCAUCCCUUCCCCUGUCUUCAGGAGACCUUGAUACCGAAAAGGCUGUCACUGGUGAACAAGCUGCUGAAGUUGAGAAUAAUGAAAUCCGAUGUCAAGUGAAAGACUGUUCAAGGAUAUUUCCAGGGAUUACAACCUUGGUGCAGCAUUACCUCUUGCUUCAUAAAUUCACCCGAGAUAAAACCACUGCAAUGAUGUCCAGCCUCAAUAUAGGGACAUUCCUGUGUGACCGGUCAGAAUGUACACUCUCCUUCACCUCUGUGGAGAAAUACAUUGACCACAUCAAAAACUUUCACAAGGAAAUAAACAUCUCUGAGAGAGGCAGUGUGGAUCAGACUUUUAAGUGUGGGUAUGAUGGCUGUGACCGGGUCUACACUACAAAGUCAAACCUUCUUCGUCAUGAGAUGAAAAAGCAUGAUUUAAUUUAUAUUCCCAGAACACAGCAACAGAGAACAACAUGCGUCAAGCCCAACAAUGGCAAAGAGAACAUUGAAAACGCAGUCAAAUUGAACAAGAAAAACACUAAGAAAGAUGACGGAUCGCUCGAUCACUGGACUAACUUUGGAAAACCCUCUCUGAAAUCUAUGGAUGAGGCAUCUGCCAUCUGCACCCAAAAAUUAUCUUUGCAAUAUCCAUGCAUGAUAAAAGGCUGCGACACAGUUGAACGGAUUGAACGGAAUAUAUUCAAACAUUACACCACACAUGGCCUCACCGAGAAAUAUAUAGAGGAUCAGAGAAGCCAGUUUAUAUUCUGUAAAAAGUACCCACGAUCAAGAGUCAAAGAUGCAAACAAAUCCGAGGGUAUGUCAACAGACUCCUCUGAGGAGACGGACGCUGACGAGUGUGAGCCUGAGACUUCAGAGACCAACUGUCAGAGGCAAGAAGUGUUGGAUGGUGAUAUUCAAGCAGAGGCUAAACUUUCAACUGAUGAGAUUUCUGAAUCCCAGUAUUUAACUUCAGAGGUCAAAAAGAGGGGUUGCCCCCGAAAAUCAGAGCGGAGAGUAUUAGCUUGUCCUGACAGAAGGUUGACUCUGAGAAAUCGUCCGGCAGAUAAAGUUCACCAGUUGACAGAGGCAUUGGACCAGGGCUCCACUGCUUCUCAAGAGGAAGAAAGCAAGGGUGGUGUUGCACUGGACAGUUUCCUGAAGUUCCUGGAUACUUCACCAUCGACCCACACUCCCAAAAGAAAAAUGAGUGGAGGUUCAAGGAGUGAGUUGCCAUUAAAACGGCAGCGUACCCUUAAGCAGAAGACUGCUAAUAUUAUGUCCGCAACACCUGAUGAAGUUAUUGGAGCCUGUCAAAACCUUGUAGACUUCAGAAAUCCUCAAAAUCUUCAAUCCGUGAACAAUGUGAAGAUUGUAAUGGACAAAACCUUUUCCGAUGGUGCUGAUCUUUUGCUAAAGCAACUUCAAGAUAUGCGACCCAUGGUUAUAAUACAAAAGUGGCUUUAUAGUUGAUGGAUUGCUCACAGCCUGAUGCUUUUAUUUUCGACUAACUCAGGAUUAGAAAAGUAACAUGCUGCAAACAGAUCUGUUAAUAUUGUAUCAGAUAUCCAAUGGUAAACAGUUUUGACCAUUAGACAAUUGAAGAUGGAGUAUUUUCUACUUAUGACAUGUUAUUGUUGAUUUUAAGUUUGGAUAAUGUAUGUUACUCAUAUAAGAACCAGGUAAUCUGUAGGGAACAUAGACUUUAGAACAUGUUUGUAUUUAUUAGGCUUCUAGUACUAAAAUUGUUUUUUGCUAAAUUGAUAAUUUUAAGGAAAAACAAAAGUUUUUUAUAUCCCUAUGGGAUUUUAUUUUUUGUUUGUAUUUAUUUUAUUUUUUAAACACUAUCUGUAAUAUUUACAUGUCUUCCACAAAGUGUUCAAUAAAAUGUAACUGUUUGCUUUUAUAAAAGUUGAUGUACAGAACUUUGUUUUGCAAGUUUAUUUAUUUACAUUCAUUCAUUAUUAUAAAGCAACUCUGUGGAGAGCCUAUUUGGUGUUAAAUGUAGCAGGUGGUUUUAAGACACAUCAAGUUGAAGACCGCCAUAACCCUUACUGAAUCCGUAAGAGCUGACUUUUAAUUUGUCAUUGAUGUAUUUAUUCAGUCACACCUGUUUUAGUUUGAACCCUGACGCAUUUUGGUGUAAUUUUGUUAUUUUACUAUCCCCUCUUGUCUCAUAAACUAGCAGCCUCUACAUGUUUUUCAGCGUCUUAUUGUUAUAAAUUGUGGGCCAAAUUGGGCGAUCCUCUCCCCCUAUCGGUCUCCUUGCAACCUGUUCAAGUUCCGCAAUAUAUUGCAACUCACUGUUGGAAAAUU